AAAUCGGAGCAAAUACUUUAGCAAAUUUGAUUGCCUUGAAAAGAAGACCAUAGUUGUCUUCAUUUGCUUUAUUACUACUUGUUUGCUGAUAUGUUUGUCAAAAGAUAACAAAAUAGCGUCAAAGGUGACAAUCGCUACCCUGGGAACUUGAUGAGUCAAUGACUCUGCAUACAUACCGUGGCACUUUUAUCAUGUUCCCCAGUUGUUGCAUUAACUGUUGAUGAUGGGUGAAAUAUUGCUUUCGAAGGGAUGGUUAUGAGCUCUUAUAGUGAAUGUGGGUUUUGCUCCCUUUUUGAUGCAGACAUCUUAGAUUACCUGGUUUUGAUUCUUAGGAAUCUGCAGAACAUGAACACAGGAUUUUGUGUGUGAAAAUCCAGGACUUAGAGAAAUAGUAAACAUAAUGAUACAGUAACUUAAAAUUUCACAAUAUUAAGAAGCAUAAAAGAAAUACAUCGAACUUGCCACGAGAAUGUGAAAAAUGACAAAAAUACUUGUAAUAUUAUUUACCACCCCCCUGAUGGCCUGCUGUCAAGUACUAAUAUCAGCUCCACUGCAUGACUUUGGCUGCCGGGGACGAGUUCUGAACCUGAACUAAAAGUAUUUAUCCAUUCCUCAAUGUGUUUAUCGUUAUAUGCAUCUUUUGUUGCUGUGAGAAAUAUGUUAUGCCGUGCAUCAUUUCAUAGUCUAUCUUCUGCACUAUUUUUCCCAAUGCCAGCUUGUAGACCUCCGGUCAAAUACAUAUUUCUUCUACAGUGGUUUACAUUGUUUCAUUCCAUUUAUUAGGCAAAAGAGGAGAAAAGAACUUGAGUGUCAAUCUCAGAUCUCUUUACAUACAUAAAAAGAAAAACAGAACUUUAAAGUUUAAACAACAAUCUGGAAGUAUUUCCCAAGGCUUCUUCUUUGGUUUAUUGGUUUGGUUGUGAAAUUGAGAAUUUUUGUUGUCUCUGCAUUGGCUUAAAAGCUUAGUAAGCUGUUCUUCCUCUCCGAAAGAUCAGCUUCUGGUGCUUUCUCCGAAAGAUCAAUUAGGUAGGUUCUCUGGAUAACUACUAGUGGAACUUUCUCUGAGGAGCUAAUAACAGUAUUCGUUUCUGCAGAAUGAGAGGGCAAUGUUAGAGAAAAAGAAGGCUGAGGAAACUAUGUUGAAGUCAGAAGAGGAUGCAAAGUAAAUUGCAGAGGGAGAAAGAGAAGCUCCUUGAAUGAAUAGUUGAACUGGAAAAAAAACUUGAUGACUCACAGCCAAUGGAGUUGGAGAUUGCGGGCACACGAGUAUCAAUACAAAUGGCGAAGCCUAUGGGUGUGGAGCAUAAUACGGAAAUUGACAGGAAGAUCAAAUCCUUCGAGGAGGAUCUUAAAGACAAGGAAGAAAAACUUGAAGACAUCACAACACUAGAUGGGGCACUCAUGAUGAAGGAGCGUAAUAGCAAUGACGAGUUGCAGGAGGCUCGCAAAGAGCUAAUUGAUGGUCUCAUGCAAAGCAGGGCUAAUAUUGGAGUAAAGAAGAUGGGUGAGCUUGACCCUAAGCCUUUCCAAGCAGCGGCAGAGAAAAAGUUCAGAGGCAGGUUAAGAGGCAGCGAAAUAGAGGGCAAAGCAAUGGAGUGGUGUGCGUUGUGGAUGAAGUACCUGACGGAUCCCAGGUGGCAUCCCUUCAAGGUUGUUCGAGUAGGAGGAAUCAACGAGGAAAUCAUUGACGCGGAGGAUGAUAAACUGAAAGCUUCGAAGGAAGACCUCGGGGAUGAAGUCUAUGAGGCUGUUACAAAAGCGUUGACCGAGAUGAACGAUUGUAACCCUAGUGGACGUUACCCCGUUAAAGAACUGUGGGAUUUUAAGGAGGGGAGGAAGGCUACACUAAAGGAGGGAAUAUCGCACCUGCUGAUAGGCUUGAACCUGAAGAAGCGGAAGAGGAACACUCGUUCUUGAUGUGGCCUUCUUUUGAUGGUUGGUGUUUCGACUUUUGUUGGGGGGAAAGGAAAUCCAGCAGCAGAAUGUCUUGGUAGCUUUCUGGUUUGAUUCCGCGCUGCUGAAUCUCAAGCUCUCUCUUUUGAUUUUGCCACAUCUUGUUUUCCGCGCUCUUUUGUGGAAUCAUAGGAUAGGUGUUUCCUCCUGUUUUGUUUUCUGAUGCAAAAUGAUGUACUGAACUAUUGUUGACUUGUACUGACUUUUGGAGAUGGAACAAUGAUCUUG